AUGCGAGCCGACUUCCUUCUUCCACCAUUGCUUGGUGUGAUUGCCUUGCUUGCUUGGCCUGUGUCGGUCGCAUCCUCUCUCACCUACUGUUCUUCGGUAAACACAGGCUCCUCGCAAGCAGCAAACGAAAGUACCUACCAGUCCAAUGGUCUUUGCGAGGACCACUGCAGCAACUAUGCGUUUGGUAUUCUUCAGGGAUACGACUGCUGGUGCUCGAACAUUGUUCCCAAUGAAGCGACCAACGUGAACACUUCGCAGUGUAGCCAGGAUUGUCCCGGUUACCCCGAUGAUAGCUGUGGUAGUACUUCAAAGGGCCUUUACGGUUACGUUGAGAUCGUUGGACAUCAGCCGUCCGGAACAGCAACCGUCUCUACGACAUCGACAUCGUCAACCUCGACUUCUUCAUCAUCUGAAACUACUGCUGCUACGACGACGGGAGAAUCUGUUGCAGUCACAACCGACUCUGGGGUGGUCAAAACGGUCACAAUUCCCGCUGCCACAAAAGCAACCUCAACGUCUGCAGCGGACAACCUUUCAUCCGCAAAGAGUAGCGACAACUCUGGUAUGAGCUCAGGAACCAUUGCUGGUGUUGUGGUAGGCUCUGUCGGUGGUGCCCUCGCCAUCCUAGCCUUGAUAUUCGUGUUGUUCUUCGCGAAACGCAAAUCGCGGUCGAACAGCCCAGAUCCAAGUGGCAUGUUUUCCGACAAUCAUAGUCAUACCUUGUCUGCCGGGUCCGCUGCCAGCCGCUUGCCGACGUUUACGGACAACCGCAUGAAAACCGAUACCGUUCUCUACGCGAAUGGCCGCCGAGAUAGCGAUGUCUCACUCCAGGAUAAUGAAGAUUAUUCUCGGCCUGUGUUGCGGCUCACGAACCCCGACUAA